CGAUUACAACGUUCAUAACAAAACGCCGAAGACUAGCACCGGGGACGGCCACAGCGCACAGCAUAGCAGCCGCUCGCAGGCGACGCAGCGUGCCACCAAGAACCUCUGGCAAUUCGAAGUUGAUUACAAUGACCACUUUGAGAGCCCGCUGCAAGCGGUGCAAGACAUUGCGCCAGUUUUGCGCCUAUUGUGCAAGAAACUUAAAAUUUCGAGACAAAAACUAGCAAUAUAUGAUCCGUUCUUCUGUCAAGGCGGCAUCCGACGGCAUUAUGAGCAUCUGGGCUUCAUGAACUUUAUCCACAGGAACAGGGACUUCUAUCAGGACGUAAAAUGCGGAGACGUGCCUCCGUACGACAUCUUAGUGACCAACCCGCCGUACUCGGCCGAUCACAAGGAGCGCAUCCUGGAGUUCUGCCUUCGAUCGGGCAAGCCCUGGGCACUGCUGCUGCCAAACUAUGUGGCCACCAAGGCCUACUUCGGCCAGCUGUUGGACUCCACAACCACCGCGGCCUCCCAGCGCCCCUUUUUCCUGACCCCACAAGCACGCUACAGCUACGAGCACCCGGAGGGCACGGGCCACCUGGAGUCGCCCUUCUUCAGCAUCUGGUACAUUGGGCUGGGGGAGCAGACGGAGGCGAUCUACUGCGCCUGUAAGGCUCGGCAGGCGUCACAAGCUGGUGGAGCCACCGCGGGCUCGAAGAGGAAAGGUGGCAGCGGCAGCAACGCCAAUGGCGGUGAUGCCGAUGAUGACAGCAUGUGGCGGGUCUCCCUCGCACGAACAGUCGACGCGCUGCGGCAGGCGGGGGCGGUGCCCACUGCCCGGCGGCUGAACCCGAAGCAGCGCGCGCGGCUCAAGCAGCAGAAGCUCAAGACCGCGCAGUGAGACCUGGUAUUCAUGCACACGGCAUUGCACUGAUGUCAACGUGCACUUUGUUUAAGUUGGUACUGCGGUGCGCCUCAGCGCCUUGCCAUGUGCCUCAUGGUGGCGUUUAAUCUCUUUGGCGUUUAGGUGCGCUGGGCGCAAAGAGGUAGAGGGUGCCGGUCGGCUCACAGCGUAUCUGGUUACACCUUGCACACUGCCUGUUGCGAUGGCUUCUUUGCCAUGGGUAAUGGAAUGGCGCUGGGCAUUACGGCGCUGGGGUUUAGGCUGCCACCCUGCUCUACUUCUGCUACACUGGAGAGUUGUGAUAUGCGAGCAAGGUUCAUAGUUACAGUGUUUGCUCAGAAUGUUAUGUGAGGUUAUUCUGCGCC